UAAAUUACCCAGGGAGGGCAAAAUAAUGCAACUUGACGUGUUCAAAACAAUCAGGGGAGACACUGCUUGUAAUGAAAUAAAUCACAAUCACAAGUUACAGAAUCUGGUAUUUCAUUCACAGCAACGACGAAUCAAAUACGAUCUUGAAAAGCAGAGAAUCGCUGAAGAGAACGAACAUCGUAGGCGCAAGAGGCGUGAGAUUGAAGCUGCCAAAAUACGCCAAGAGGAAGCAGAACGACGCCAACAACAAGAUGAACUGGUGCGGAAGCGGCAAUCUCAACUCGAGGAGGAGCAAAAGCAACUGGAGAUGGACGAGCAUAUGAAACGGGAGCGGGAAAACGCGGAGAAGUAUGCGCAGCCACCAGAUCUGGCAACGGUGAAUGAAGAUCCAAGGGAGGAUGAUCAGGAGAAAGCCACACCAGCAUCUCAGCAACUGGCUGAAGGUGAAGUGGGAGAGGUCACUGUGAAGGUGGAAGAGGCGCCACCUACCCCGGCUGAUGGAGAUGCUCCCGGCGACGGGACGGUCAGUGAGAGCGUCGACGAAGCACCGGGGGAAGGCACAGAACAGACUGAUGAGGGCGGGGCAGAAUAAGCCGGGAAGAAUAUCAAGGAUCAGGAUAAAGCGUGGAGGAAUUAACAAAGAACUGUGAUAAAACACUUUCAAAUGGAUUUUUAGAGGAAGAUUUGUUUAAAAAAAAAGACCAAGUGCUAUUUUCUAACAUGUCAUAGAUCUUG